UUGGAUCAUAGCUCGCUGUUUUCCUUGUUUUUCUCUGUUUUGAUCUUCUUCUCCAUCGCACUUGAUCGGUUUGGGGCGAGGAACAGCCAAGAAAUUGCUCCAAAUUUAGUGGAGAAAUUGAGAGUUUUGGUGCUUGAAUGCAUUGAAAGAUCAGAGCUUUGUCUGUCUGUGCUCUGGACGUAGUUUAUUUUGUUUUUUUGUCCACUGAUUUUGAUCUGGUGAUCCGUCCUUGAUUUCUCUUAACUUGAUUCUUUGUGAAAUCUUCUGGAUUUGAUAAGAAAUUGGUGAAAAUCUCGUGAUUGAAGUGAAUUUUCAUGGUGAUUUGAGGCUUCUUAAGGAGAGCUGAAAUCGAGAGAAUUGUUGUUCUUCGAUCGUUUCAACUCGAGACUGAGAUCCGGCGAUCCAAUGCUCCAACUCUCAACGGGCGGUGAGAAAUUCAUACAAAUUCUCCAUCCCCAAAUGCUUUGAUUGACUUCAAUGAAAUCCAGCUCUAAAGAAGCGAUUUCCGAGUAAUCUUCAAAAACUGAAUCAUCAAUUCUCCAAAAACCAGGGGAAAUUCAGUUCCCAGAAUCAAAGGAAUCACAUUCAUCUCCGAGAUCAUCAACCUCCAUUAAAGCAAACAACCACGAAGCUCUAUUUUCCCUGCAAUCUCCAAUCCAGUUGGCACGUGUGAAAGGAAUGGAGAGAGAAGGGAGGAGUCACUACCACACGCGUGGGUCCGGAGGAGGCGUGGCGUAUAACCAUAACGGCGAGCUGGACUUGUUAUUACAGUGGGGGAACCGGAAACGGCUCCGUUGCGUUAAGAUCCAACGCCGUGAUGAUGGAUCCGAUAAGGCCCCGACAGCAUCCGCUACUGCUGUUCGGGUCGGGCGCCGUGGGAUCCGAGCCGAUAAAGAAUCCGCUAUCCUCACCCGUCUUGCCUCCCCUCCUCACCAACGUGUUCUCCGGAACAAUUCGGAGGCGAUGAGAGGAUCUCAAGCCCAAUCGCAUCAGCAGAUCAACGGCGCCCGUGGCGCCACCUUAUCGCCGGAUAAACCGUCGGAGGAGCACAGCGAUAAGAACAACAAGAAGACCGCCGCCGGUGAAGGAUCGUCGUCAGGGAGUGAAGGCGCCGUUUGGCCCAAAUUCGCUAUUGGCCUGACGAACAAGGAGAAAGAGGAGGAUUUCUUGGUUUUCAAGGGUUCCAAGCUCCCUCAACGUCCCAAGAAGCGCGCCAAGCUCAUCCAGCGAACCCUCAACCUUGUGAGCCCAGGUUCAUGGUUAUGUGAUCUUACUCUAGAAAGAUACGAAGUAAGGGAGAAAAAGAUAUCGAAAAAGAGACCGAGGGGUUUGAAGGCUAUGGGCAAUAUGGAAAGUGAUUCAGAAUAAAAGGAAAUAAGAAAAAGCCUAGUUAAACAAAAGGAAAACUUCACUUCAUGAGGAACUCACAGCUCACAUAGAAAUAGAACUUCACACCUCACUCUGCAUUUGUUUGAAGAAGAUGAAGAGUGCAAAAAUAAAAAAAUAAAAAAAGGAAAAAGAAAUCUACCAACUCAAAGAGUUCCUUGAUUUUCUUAUUCAAGGAUGUAAUUUUUGUUGUAAUGUAGAGCGUGUGCUUACCACACUCUUCUCACUUGCUGGCCCUUUUAAUACCAUAUGUUCAUGUUCCUGUUUUUUAGGGGAGAUAUCUAUUUCAAUUUCUAUAUCUUCAUUUCUA